UUUCAAACAGCUAUAAUCAAGAUGAAUACAUGACCCAUUAUAAAACUACAGACAUAAAAAGUAAAUCUAAAUUGUCAGAAGAAAAAAAAAAUUACUUAACACAACAAGAAAGACUUAGAUAUCAGGACUAUAAGCACCGUCAUGUUGGUAGUAUUUUUGGUGGCAAUCUUUCAGAUCGAUUGUCAGAUAAAUUAAAACAAGAAAAGACGAAACGAUAUCCAUACAAUCGGACAAGUAAAGAUUAUGACAAUAAUAAGAAUGAUGAUAAUUAUUUGGUUAAAGAUCGAGAACUUAAUAGACAACAAAAAAUACAACGUCUUAUUGACAAUGGAACAGAUCAGGAACCAUUCUCACGAGAGAAAGCUGUACUUGGUGAUCGUCGAAUUCAAACAUGGGGAAAAUAUCCAGUACGGAGGAUUGAAAGAAGUCGCACCAAUCCUUUAUCAAAGAAAAAUAUGUUCAAGUACAAUUGGCCAAGUGUAUUUACACGUUUGCAUGGUAUUCAAGAUAAAAUCAUUCAACAUUUUCAAAGUCUUCGAGAAAAUAAGCAAUACAGAUGGGAGCAACGUCUUACUCUAGUACAAGGGGAAAAAAAUAUUCUCGAUUUAAUGAAUAAAAAUCAUUCUAUUAAAAGUUUAAUAGUGACAGCACCUAAUAAGCCUAAAACUAGGUAUGAAAUCCAACCACCUGCUUUGGAUUAUAUUGAGAAUCCACAUCGUAUUAUUGCAGAUAAUUAUUAUCUUAUGAACAUUGAUAUGGUUCGAAAGAUUUUAGGAAGUGCAGCAAAACCAGAAAAACAUGAGCUUGUAGCAGAAGUUCAUUUUCCUCCAAUAAU